UGAGAUGCAUCCUAUUGACAGAGAGGGGGAGAGAGUGAGACCGAGCGCAUCAUUAGAAAGUCUCACACUUGAUUCAAGCGAGCGUCACUCCUUUGACAGCUGGACGUUCGUGGGACAGCGCGCGUGAUAACGACAAAAAAAGUCAAAGUGACAGGUUACACUUGUUGGCACACAGCUGAGCUCAGUGUGGGGAUGCUUUCGGUAUCCUGCGCAUCAAUGGAGAUGUUUGGUAAUGGUAGAGUGGCAAAUAGGACCUGUACUUCACCGGGAGUGUUCGGAAAUUAGCAGGGGCUCGUGCAUGUAGGCUACUCCACUUAGCACGCAUGAACUUUUCGGUCCUCCACGCGCCGAGUUGCAUCCUUCUCACGGACAAUGAAGACGAGUCGCAAAUGCAGGAGCCUUCUGUCGGUUAGCUUGAACUUCUUCGCCCUGUUCUUCUCAAUAACGGCGUUUAUAACGACUUACUGGUGCGUGGGGACCCAGAGAGUCCCCAAGCCAAAGUGCAGCAAGCUGAGGACACACCAGUGCAUAGACUACGGAGUGAACGAGACAGACCCGAACAAAGUGGUGUACAGCUGGGAGACCGGGGACGACAGGUUUCUGUUUCGACAGUUCCACACCGGCAUCUGGUUCUCAUGUGAGGAAAAUAUCCACGAUGAAAGUGAGAUGUGCAGAAGCUUCAUCGACUUGGCUCCUGCAUCAGAGAAAGGGAUGCUGUGGCUGUCCCUGGUUUCUGAGAUGUUGUACAUUAUUCUGCUGGUGGUGGGCUUCAGCCUCAUGUGUUUAGACCUGGUCCACUCCAGCAACGUCAUUGAUGGACUAAAGCUCAAUGCCUUUGCUGCCGUCUUCACUGUGCUCUCAGGUCUUCUUGGCAUGGUCGCUCAUGUGAUGUACACACAGGUCUUCCAGGUCACUGUCAGCCUCGGCCCACCUGAUUGGAGGCCCUACAACUGGGACUACGGCUGGUCCUUCUGCAUGGCCUGGGCAUCCUUCACCUGUUGCAUGGGCGCAUCAGUCACCACCCUCAACUCCUACACGAAGACCGUCAUCGAGUUUAGGCACAAACGCAAGACCUUUGAGCAAAGCAUCCGCGAGGAGCACGCACGGGAGGCUUUCGGAUAUUUCCGAGAACGCUCCCUGCACUCCAUCUCCAAAUCCGUGGAGGUUUAUUCCAGCCAGACCUUGAAAAGUGGCAGGAAAACGCUCAUACCGGCUGACUCUCUGGACCUGAGUGACAUUCCAACAUCUUUGGGGGAAGAGCAGUGCUGAAUGGGACAGGAUAGAAGGUGGCGGCAUUCCUCUUGGUGUGGCAACUUGAUGAAUGGAAGCGCUGUUCUCAUUAUGUGUUUGCCAUUCAGUACUGGACUAGUCUCGCAUUGCCAGACCUUCCUUCACAGCGCUGCGGAGGAGCGUCUGGCGAGUCCACACAGCAUUCCGGGAUGGGAGAAAAACGUGCUCUGG